AAAAAGAAAACUCUCUUUCUUCACUACUUUCUGUAUAAUGGGCAUCAAGAAAUCCAAUAACAAGCUCUCUCAGGCCACAACACUGAAGCAGAUACUGAGGAGGUGUUCAAGCUUGGGGAGAGCAGGAAGUGAGUUCCCCGUCGACGUUCCAAAAGGGCACUUUCCGGUGUACGUCGGGGAGAACCGGAGCCGGUACAUCGUGCCGAUAUCUUUUCUCCAACAUCCAGAGUUCCAAAUCUUGCUGAGGAGGGCUGAGGAGGAGUUUGGAUUCCAUCAUGAGAUGGGAAUCACACUUCCCUGUGAGGAAGUGGUUUUCAGGUCACUUACAUCAAUGAUCAGUUGAAAAUAGAGGAAAACAGAGUGCUCUGUUUCUUAGAGCUUAGAUUUUUUUUUUCUUACCUUUAUCUUUUUUAAGUCGAUAGUGGGUAUGAUUUGAUACCCAUGAAAUGUUUAGUGUGUUGGAUUUGUAUAUUGGUAGUGGCGUGUGAUUUUGCGCCCUUAAUCUGAAAGCUGAUUUAGUUGAAGAAGUUAGAGAGAAUGUCAUUUCCAUCUUUACCGCUUACGAUUCUGUAUUUUUGCUUGUGAUGUUGUCACAUA